AAAAUAUCAACACUACAAAUUCAGUCAUCGGGAGAAGAAACCCAGAAGAAACUACACGUAUUGAUGAAGACAAAGGUGAAAAGACACUAUACAAGGGAAACUUUUAUCGGGUGAAUGUUUCACUCUUGUGUAGAGCUCUAGAAGUCCCAUUGCAAGUUUGUUCUGCAACCUCUUUCACUUUUCUCAGCAGGGUCAGUUUGGGUUCGGCUUGACACAAUGUUGGACACGAAGGACGAGGGAUGUGAAGCAGUCAAGGUCAUAUGUUUGAGAGCUGACUGGAAAGAGAAGAGCCCUCUUCUACGAAUAAAUCCCAGUAGCCAACUGUUGAGACGAUGGAGGUGGAGAAAAAUCAGUACAACUUAAGGUGGAAUGAACACACCUUUACGUUCGUGAGGCUUCUUGACCAUUUCAGAACCAAGGAACUGUACUGUGAUGCUACUAUUGCUUGUGAUGGGAAUAUUUAUCCAGUUCACAAGGUGGUUCUCUCUGCAUGCAGCAACUUCUUUGCAGCAAUAUUUGCAAACACCAACUGUCAGAGUCCUGUGGUGGUGUUGCAAGAUGUUGCAAGGGUUCAGUUGGAGUCUCUCUUGACAUACAUGUACCGAGGGGAGGUGCUAGUGCCUCGGCCAGAUCUGCCAGCAUUUAUCAAAGUUGCAAAAUCUUUACAGGUCAAAGGGCUAGCUAUUCCUGUUCCAGACAGAUACUCCCCUAGGCAAGUGAAUGAAUCGCCACACAACAGGGUUUGCAGUCCAAUAGAAGGGAGUGUUUUCACUAAAAGCCCAGAUGAACCUGUUUCACACAUCCAUCACACUUCAUACAGGCAAGAAUACCUGAAUCCAUCCCUGUACUGUCACAAAAGGUUUUCAGAUAUGAUGCAGCCUGAGCCUGAUUUGCCAAGGUCCCAUCCUCAAUACGAUGAGCUACCAUUUAAAAGAAGACAUCUCAUAGAAUACUCUCCAAACAUGAGGUCUGAAAGCAUACGUAGAAUGAGACCCAGUGAAAUGGGAAGACCAAAUGAUAUAUCAAUAUGCAAUGAGAUGGCAAGACCAAAUGAUAUGUCAGUACGCAGUCAGAUGGUAAGACCUAAUGAAAUGGCAAGAGCAAUUGAUAUGGUUCGACCUAAGGAAAUGCCAAGACCCGAUGAAAUGCAAAGACCAAGCGAAAUGACAAGACCGAAUGAAGUAAUGAGAAUAAAUGAGAAGACAAGGACUAAUGAAACAGUGCUCAUAAAUGAGAUGCCAAGACCAUGCGAGACAAGAAACGAUGAGGUGGUUAUGACAAGACCAAGUGAGAUAUCAAGAAGUAAUGGAAUGGAAAGUCCAAAUGCAAUGUCAAAACAUCAGUUGGCAGAAUCUAAUGAAAUGACAACUAUGGAGGUGGAAACUACGCAACAUUUGUGGAGCAAAGAGAGCUCAAGGCAAAACGCACAGGAAGAUGAACACACUCGCAGAAAGUCCAGUGUUUCAUCCAGUGAGGGGUGUGCAGAAGAAAAACUGUCCCCGGCUCCUACCUUCCAAGUUUCUGGACCCCAUGGAACCUUCCAAAAUCUGGUUGCUUCCGAUGAUGAUAUUAAAGAUGAGCCAAUAGAUUCACCAGAUGAAUAUGAACACUCCCUGUGCAUCUCUGAGGAUGCUGAGGAGCACCACGGUGAUAAAGACAAGUUUCGACUGAAGACAUCUGAUGAUAAUGGCUACCACUCAGAGUCGUCACAGUCUAAUAGGGUCACAGCUGAACAUCAGCCUGAAAUGGAUUCCCAAGACCCAUCCAGUGCAGAAAUCUGCAACCCUUAAGGAUCCCAGCAAUUCAUCUGACAGUGGUUAACUCUCAUCUUCGUAGAGAAUUACUGAACCCUUGCAGCAUAAAGCAAAACCUCCACAAAAUCCUCAACCCAAACUCCAGUCCAUUCCACACCCAGUGAUUGCUCCAAGAGAGCCUGAACGACCGCGAAAAGAGCCUCCACCACUAAUGAAGAUGCCACAGUUAUCCCCUCUA